AUGACCGACCCUGAAAGACCUCUUAUCCCGUUAUCGGUGAUGGACUUUGAUCUCUCAAACGCCGACGACGAGGAGAGAUGCAGAGCACAGCUCCUAGUUAGCAACUAUCUCCGGAUUGCGCCAUCUAUGACUACGGACAUGCAGCGUACGCUUAAGGAGACCUUGGUCUACGAGAAAGCGUGGAAGACUCCCACCGAGAAGAUUGUCAACUACGAUUCUCCAUCGAACCACAAGAUGUACGACGAAUUAUUCGAUUUGCUGUUUUUCCCACAUUGGUUCGUGUUGGCAGUUUGCUGGGGACCGAACCACCCAGAUCUCCAGGAAAUCAAGGGCCUCAUAUCGAGACAUUGGGGAGAGGAACUGCCAGAAGACGGAGUCAUAUACCCAGGGGAGAAGACUUCCCUUGACUUCGACGCCUUCUGCGGCGAGAUCGUGUUGAUUGAUGAAAUAAGGGAUUACGACUUCAAAAUCGCCGCCAAGAGCAGGUCAGACGUGUCGGGUACUUCAACUGUGUGCGAGCCUAUAAUCGAGCAGGCGCAGCCUUCAGAACAAACCCUCGCCAGCAUGGAGGAAACUAUCGACGCGCUUCAGAAGGAGGUGUGGGAUUUGAAGGCGAGAGUUGGAAUGAUGGAAAAGGGAGAGGACGAGUGGAGCGUGGACAUUAUUGCUCAUCUUUCGGAUCACUUCCGAGUCGUGCAUCAUAACCAGCAGGAAAUCAUGAGGGAAAUCGCCGAGUUGAAGGGUGAGCUGGAAGACGGUGCCUUGGCUCAACGAUGUUCAAUUCACAGCACUCGCUGA